AUAAGAUACUCUUCAGUAUGAACAACAAUUUCUGCAACAAUGCUGACUAGAGUAAUGAUUGGAACACGACCUGAUUUAUUUUAAAAACUAAAAAUUUUGAUGCUCAAUUGUUACAAUGGCAACCACAACAAAUGGUAAUGGUAAUCUAGUUGAUGAAUUUGAAGAAGCAUUUCAGUCAUGCCUGAACGUGCUAACGAAGGAAGAAGCACUGGCGACAAUGGAGAAAGAUGAAAUCCGUGCAGAAGUGGACAGCACGAUAAUGCGCUUCACGGACCUUGCACGCCAAAUGGAAGCAUUUUUCCUCCAGAAGAGGUUCUUGCUUUCGGCACUGAAACCAGAAUUGAUUGUCAAGGAGGACACCCACGAACUGCGGCUGGAGCUGAUGCGCAAGGAGGAGCUGAUCAAGCGGCACUACGAGAAGAUAGCGGUGUGGCAGAACCUGCUGGCCGACCUGCAAGGCUGGGCCAAGUCCCCGGCGCCCUCGGGCAUGUCCAACGGCAGUUCGGGGCCCCCGCCCCCGGCCACCACGCCCACCCAGGUCAACAUGCAGCAGCAACAGCAGCAGCAGCAACAACAGCUACAGCAGCAGCAGCAGCAGCAGAUGCAGCAGCAACAGCAGCUGCAGCAACAGCAGCAGCAACUCCAGCAGCAGCUGCAGCAGCAGAUGCACCAGCAGAUGCAACAGCAGCAAGGCACGGGUCCCAUGGUGACGCCCCAGCAGGCCAUGUUCAUGCAGCAGCAGCAAGGAGGUCCCCGGGGCUUCCCGGCGGCCCAGGGCCCAGGCGGGGUGCUGCAGGGCCCGCUCGCCUACCUCGAGAAGACCACCAGCAACAUCGGCAUGUCGGAGGGCCGCAGGUGACGGGGGCGUGGGAGGGGGCGGGGCAGAGGACGUGGCAGGGCGCGUGGCAGAGGACGCGGUGGACUGGAGUACGGGACUGCCCCCUAGACCCUUCCCUCUCUCGUCGCUCGCUCACUGUAGCUGCUGCGUUACGUUAACUUACCUUCCUUGUAGGUUCUGUCCGGGCUGUGAGCUGUCUACAUCCUCUCUCUUCUCAUUGGCUUGCUUCAGGUACACUGUUGUGAUGAGGAACUCGUUACACUUAACGUUGUAACUUUCUUUCAGAGAAAGCUUUGUUGGCAUUAUUGAAAACAUGUCGAAUUUCCUGUAGAUUUCUACUGAGAUCUACAGUUAUGACAAUUUUAGAGCCAAAGUUUUUUUAGUGACAAAAUUACUUCAGGAUGAUGCUUAUAGAAUGGUUGGUAAGACAUGUUGUAUGUAAGUGUAUGUGUAGCAUGUUUGCACCAGGCAGGAUUUGGAUGGAGUUGAAGAGAAGUUAAUUUCUGAAUGCUGGUAAAGUUUCCAUGAUUUUUGAGAGAUUGUGUUGCUGUAGUAUUUUGAAAAUACAUAAUUAAUAAUUAAUACUAAGAAUUAAACUUAGAAACAGGCAAUUUUCUUAUUAACAGUUAGGUCGUAUAUUUACUAGUGCAUUCCAAAAUUUAUCUUCGAACUACAUGUACUUCUGCUGCAUCAUCAUCAUUGGUUGUUAAUUGACAGUCAGAACGGAGUGUUGUGGAUUUAAUCCGAACACCACAGCUUUCCUUCAGUUUAUCAGCUCUUGCAUUGGUACCCAAGUGAUUCUGAACUCACUAUAAUCAUGGAGUUUUUGGUGCCUUAUGCCUCUGUGUGUAACAUUGUGAUGUAAAACUCCAUCUAAUAAACAAACUCUAAAAUAGGGAUGUACCGAUUUGAAUCCCAAUUAACUGUAAUCGCCCAAUAAUAGAGAAUCUGUAAUUAAUCUUAAUCUGCGCUAUUUCAACCGAUUAUUUAGACAAAAUUGUCAUUUUCUCAUCAUAUUUAUCAUAGUUAUCUCUUAGCAUUAUAAGAAAAAUAUGCCAAUGAUGCUAAUAUAUUCUUUUAAGUUUAAUUCAUGAAACACCGUUCAGACUGUAGGCCUACACACGCGCUGAAAGUUUCAGGAACUUCGUCGUCUAAUAAAUUAAAUAUACAGGAAAGCUUCACUAUAAAGAACAUGAAGGGACCAAAAAAUAGUUGAGUUUGUUAUACUGAAGUUCUUUAUACUGAAACAUAAGCAUUGUUAUAAAUAUGUAUACCGAUAAACACAUGAAACACCUUAAGAGUUUUAAGGUUCAGUAUCUCAGUCAUUAGUCUAUGGCCGCUUGAAGAACCUGUUCACAUACUCUCUGCUGAUGCUUUGUCUAUGGUCAGGAGACACAUUGUAGGCAGAGCUGCCAACCUCAAAUCACACCCAUCAGUAAUGACAAUUAUAUUAAAAAAGUACGCGUAAAUCAUGCACAAUAAAUUUUUCCUGAGGAAUUAUGACACACACAAGAGAAAACAAAGGACAAUAAUAUGCAAAAAAAAUUUAAAAUGUAGGCCUAUGUAUAUGAAUACAAUGAAAAUUAAUGAAUCGAAGAAAAAAACUAUUUGAACAAUACAAUCAUCUGAAUAUGUAAGAAAUGUCAUUAAUUUUACAGGAAAUUUUCAACCUUCAAUUCAAAGUAUUCAAAGUUAUACUUUUGAACAAUUAUAUUUUUAUUUGCUUCUUUUAUCCUGGUUGGAUAAGAACUGUCUUAUAAACAAACAACAGAAGACAAACAAAAGAACUUGUAAACAAUAACUCUGCGUUCGUUACUUUCGUUUUUUCAGAUGUAGCGAAAAAACUACGAUAUGGAUUUAUUGCUCCUCAUGACUAUAAAAUGUUCCGCCUGUUUCUUUAAUUCAAUGUGCCCUCUACAGUCAUCCCUUCCACCAUGUGCAAUCGAAAAGUCAAACGUGCAUACAUUACAAAACGCGUGGUGUUCCAAAACAUUUGAAGACUAGCAUGGCCAUUCUUUUGAAUAGUUAGGUCUUAGGUCGAAAGUUUUGAAGAAUUGCGUUCUUUUUUUUAUCCCCCAGAUACACGCUUCAUUUCUACAACCGGCCGGUAGCCUACAACUCACGUAGUUUCGGUUUCCUACCACGUUCGUGCAACUUUGGAUUUCACUCAAAAAUUGAAAUUAAAAAAAUCGAAGGGUUGGGUUAGGUUAGUCACACCAUGCUUGUUUUCAUUGAUUUAGCGGCUGAAGUGGCGUUAAUACCGAAACGCAAAACUUCGGAAAUUCUUGCAGGGAACCGAAACUACGUGAGUUGUAGGCUUCCCACAACCGGCACUGAAGAACACAACACUAUUGAAAAAAGGAAAAAAAUUUCACGUCUGUAGACACGACAAAAACAAUAUGGUGAAAAAAAUGAAUUUCAAGAAAUAAAUUAAAACAGCACAGGUUAGCCAAAGUACCGUACAAAAAUUAUCGUGAUGUAAGUAGCCAACAAACGAAAAGUCCGAGAAUAUGUACUAUUUGUAUCGUACAACGGACGUAAUACCAUCCCAUUAUUAUUUCAAAACACGAGAAUUAAUCUACUCAUGUCGACAGUACAUGCGCACACAUACUAGUUCCGUUAUUGUUUUUGUUUACGUACACGCUGUUACGUUUGAAUAAGAAAAUUAAAAAUAAAGUACAAGUUUUUGGAUGGUAAUUUUUUUCAAAAUUUGCCUCAAGGUUGUUCGUUCAAGUGAAUAUUUUUGUUUCAGGAAGAAACGGACCGUCGUAAAAUUCGUUAAGAUGAAAUAAAAUUCAAGGUUAUUAUAUACGUUUUUGGCGGGACCAAACAAUGAGUUCGGUUAAGUGAAGUGUUCGUUUAACUGAAGUUCGUUGUACUGGUGCUUUCCUGUACUCUUAUUUUUUUCAAUUGACGAUAUUCUUCUAGCAUUUAUGGCUAGUAUUUCCAUUAUUGUUAGCUCCAUGCAUCAAACAACUGCUUUGAGUGCUGCUUGUAAUAAAAUACAACACAUAAAACUGUAUAAAACACAAUAAUAUUAUUUGAACAGCAUCAUCAUAAGAUCUCCAUUUUAUGUUUAGGUUAUGCACGUCAUGUGAUGAACAAAAACAAUUUGGCCAACUUAUCUCACUUCACCGGAAUUUCCGUUGUAUAUGUGAACCUUUUUCUAUUAUUUUUUAUUAUGAUUGAAGUCGCUUUAAUAACGGGAAAGUCUUCUUUACUUUUUAUUUUUACCGUUUAUUAAUAACAAAUAUUUAACCAGGAAUAAAAGUUCACGAUUGCGAUAGUUGGUGGUCGGUUGUAGGAAUAUUUCUGUUUGCGACCAAAAUUAAUUUUUUGAAUAUUGGUAAUGUCUGUGUUAGCGAAGACGACUCGGCAACUGUAGAUUGUUUUGUUGUUUUCUGGUCACUAAUGCAUGUCCAUACAUUACGUAAACGGAGUGACGAAUUCUUUGAUCAAAUAUUACAGUAUAUUUUGCUAAGUUUUCUAUUUGUUGGCAUUUACCAAAAUAAAUAUUUGUUAAGAGCUGUUAUACAUUGCAUUCACUAUUUAAUGUUGCAUAAUAAUCACAAUGUUGUUCUCUUUGCUUUCUUUUUUAAUUUAUGUAUGUAAUAAUCGGGCAAAUAUAAUCAGUAUUCUUAAUAGGUUUGGAACAUCGGCUGAAUUUUAAUUUUUUAGUGAAUCGUUAAUCGUAAUCAAUAACCGGUUUUUCAAUAUCGGUACAUCCCUACUCUAAAAUAACAUUGAUGUCUAAACACUUAGUUAGUAUUUUUAUUGAGUUAGCCGUUAGGUCGCGAGAUGUUAAAUCUAACGUUUUCUAACUCUCUCUGACCACAGGCUGAACCUUCCAGAAACAAAAUCCAACUCCACAUUUAGAGUUAAAAUUUAAAACUGGAGAAAACUUGUUAAUGUUUAUGUCAAACAUAUUGGCUGGUAACCAUUCAUGGUACAGGACAUGUAUCACUAAACAUUUUAGGGGUUACAAUCAGUCAUUGGUUUGGUAUGUUAUACCGUUUUACUUAAUGGUAUGUAUGCAGCCAAUCUCUGGAAAAUGUUUGCUUUUAAUGAUUUGUGCCAUUCCAAGGACAUCUGUGCAGCAUUCCGAUAGCUGUGAAGCUAGCCACCAAGACAUUUCGGCUUGGACAGUGACUCCAGUGCUUUUUACUUUAUUAAAUUGAAAUAUACAUAUUUUUUAUUUUUAUAAAGACAAGUUAAGAUGAAAUUUUACUGAAUCUAGACCAUUGUCUAGUGGAUUGACUGCCUUAGCAAGUUCUUUCUAUAUAAUGAUAAUACUUGCUCAUGAUUUUUUUAAUCCCUCUGACUCGUAUGAAUUUUAUCUAAGUAUUAACCUUGCAAGUUGGCCUGUUACCAUGUUAUCGACUGUGCUACUGUUUACUUUAUAUUUUAGUUUGAUUUCAUCUUGGCAUCAUUCUAACCGACCACCUUCAGUUGGUUACUUCGGGAUUAAGGGGUUUGCCUAGUCAGGGUUGUAUUUGUGCUAGUGAGACAGAAUGAUGAGUACGGUAUCACUUACUUAUAAUGUCUAGGCUGUGAAGUGGUGCACAGUCUUUUUGUCAUCUGUGAGGCAACUACGCAUUAGAUUUUUGUGGUGACUAUAACUAGGGACCCUGAAAAAUGGUAAAUAAAAACUACCAUUAGCGGUGCAAAAAAAACUAGUGAAAGCGUGUGUAAAAAAACCUGGUAAGAGCGGUGUAAAAAAACCGGUAGAAGCGGUGUAAAAAGAGUAUAUUAAUAAAGCGGUAAAUAAAAUUUGUUUCUCUUAACACGUAGUACAUUUAUGGAGAAAAAAAAAGAAUACAGGAAAAAUGAAAAUAACUUAACUGUUAGAUUUUAACUUUCAUUAUGAGAUAAUAUUGAAAACAUCUUGCUAUUUUAAACACUUGAACAUUUACAUAUUUAAAAUUGUAAUAUUAAUAUAAACCCUUGUUGGGUAGUUAGAAUAAAAUGUCUACAAGAACUGGUUUUCGCUUAUGCUAUAUGAAUGAUUGAAAUUACAUGUUACAAUACACACACCUAUGUAAAUUGCCAAAGUACAUAGAGGCCAUCAGUUCCAUGUUUUCUGGUUUCAGAUUUGUUCUCAUAUCUGUGAGAAUAUUCCCAUAUACUGAAAAAGCCCUUUCGCUGUCUACAUUUGAAACUGGAAUCCACAAAUAUUAAUACAGGAUUCUGCAAAUUCCUGAUGGUCUUCCUUUAGCCCCAAUAAAACUGAUACUAAAUCAACAGAAGUGGCACUGUCCAAUUGGGAUAAAACUUGCCUUUUGAAAGCAGAAUAGCCUUCCAAAAAGAGUUUGGAAGAAAUUUUCUUGAUGACAGGAAUAUUCUUUGCUGCAUUUAACAGGGUGUCAUCUACAGUAUUUAUAGAUAUAUUUCGAAUGUCAAAAAGCUUUCCCAUGAACUCAAAAAAAGGUUUAGCAGUAGGAGUGUUUUCUAAAAGUAAGAGGGAUAGCUAGCUUCCUUUCACAUGCAACACCCAAAACUUGCAGUUGCUGGGCUACUACAGAUUUCAUAGUAACAGUCAUUGUGUCCAGUGUAGCAUUUGUUGCUUCACCAAAACUACCCUGAGCAACACUUCUGAAACUAUCUCGAAGAUCUUGUAUUUUUGCUUGUAACUUGUGGGCAUAUGGAUAAUACAAACCUUCAAGUUGCACAAUUGUUUCACUGACAGACUGGCAGUGUUCAGACAAAAAUUUUGCUGAAGCAAUGAUGUGCAGAACUGCAAUGUUUGUCAGAUCUUUGAAAUACUGUACUGCAGCCCCUCCAUCGUUGGUUGUCUUGAAAUAUUCAACCAAAUCGCUGAGAUACUCUGCAAUGUACAAUGCUGAUUUGUACCAAGUACACUCUGUUUUUCUUCGUUUGGGUACUUCUCCCUCAGAAAGGAAAUGUAUUUGUGUUUCCUCUUCCUGGUGUUAAGGAAAGCCACUUUUGCAUUAGCAAUGCAAUUGUUAAGUUCAGGCAGUUUGGUGGACCAAAUGUUCGCAACUAGUGUUGGGCCGAUUCCUAAAAUAUACUGAUUCCGAUUCCAUUUUCGAUUCUUAAAUUAAAGGGUCGAUUCUUCGAAUCCGAUUCCGAUUCCUUAAUUUUUAUCUGACAAUGUUCAACAGAGUAAUAUACUAAGAAAAAAAAGGUUGUUUAUGAUUUUAAAAAUGUCAUUAUGUUGUGUUUCAUUUUCUGUGCAGAAAUUAACAUUAUAUACAGCUUAUAUAAUGUUAAAAAGUAUGUUCAUUACCAUCAAGUUACGCUACCUUGUAUUUCUAGCACAAUUUGGCCUUUUAACCUUGCAUAUAGUUAGACGAAACACGUGUUCAAACACUGCCAAUAAUCAAAGAUGUCUAAUGACUUAAAUUGUAAAUAAUGUUAUAACUUAACAAACUUUAGAUACCUUACAUUAUCAACUCAAUUAAUUAAUUGUAAAAAAAGAGGGUUUGUAUGGUUAGGUUAAGAAUUUUAUUUUCAAGCACAACUAAAUAAUGAUCCAAAUAAAAUGUCAAUAUAACCUCGUUUAUACAUAUUUCAAGGGACCAUGGCGAAAAAAAAUAAAAAAGGGAAAUGUAAAAAUAAAACUUUAUUAUCUCAUUAUGAUGGAAAUGACAAACAAAUAUGCACCACACUAAAAUAAAAUGUCAGAGAUGCUUACGUUUUAAUAUAUUACCUAGAACUUAAUUAUCUCACUUGGUGAAAAGAAUAAAUCCAUCCAGUCUUGCAGUUCCUCACAAUCGUAAAGAGAAAAUAAAUUUUCGGUUUUUGAGUAAGAAAGUUCUGUGCAAUUUUUAGCAUCUCAAAAUUUUCACAUUUUAUGGUGAGAUUUUCUUACACAAAAUAUUUAAACUCUUCAAACAAUCGCGUGUUAACAUUUAAUUCAUUUCAGAAAUUUAUCGGAAACAAUUCUGUUAAACUAACACAACUACUUUCAAAAGAUUGUUUAUGUUUGCCGUUUGGUAAUAAAAAUUUACGAACGUUUCCGCAGCAAUGUUUUGAAAUUCAGACUUGCCAACUGCCUUUCCAAAAUAUAUCUAACGUAAAACGAGCAUCGCUGAACACGCACAAGAACGCCGAUUUAAAGCAAUUUGGUUAUGUUGCUUUUAAACUUAUUUUAAUAUAGUUGCAAUAAUCCACUGUGAAUUUGGGUAAAAUUUCAUUCAAAAAUUAUUUCAUUUUAAUUCUUUAAAGUUUAAUGUGUAGAGAUUUUCACGUUCACGUUCACGUUCACGUUCACGUCACCAAAGAUUUUGUUCAUGGCCGUAUGGUUUACCAUGGCAGGUAGCACAAAAAAAAAUUAGGUUGUUUACAAUGGCAAAUGUAGCUGCCAUGAUCAAAUAGUUAACGUUUACAUUAUUUGCCGUUUACAUUUACAUAAUUUUCUUUAAACAUUUAUGGUUUUGUCUAAUUAUUUUUUAAGGUUUGCUAUUAAAUGCAGUGCUGCUGCAACGUAAUUUCCUAAAAAUGCUUUCGCUUAAAGUGGGAAAGUAGAUACUGCAUUUGUACAGUAGGGAAAAUGGCGGUGCAAGUAAAUAAAUACGUUAAUCACCGUAAUUCGUAAAUCAGUUCCGUAAAAAAAGAUUGUAUUAUGUAGUUUUAAAAAUUAUAUUUGCAUGCAUUUUAAUAUUUUCUUACGUUGCGUAGAUUAUGUAUUUUGCAAACUUAAAAACAAUGCAGGAAUCGGUCAUGGUCGAUUCCAAAACCAUUGUAUUCUGAAUCCAACGAUUCCAGUGGAAUCGGUGGAACCGACCGAUUCCGGAAUCGGAAUCGACCCAUCACUAUUCGCAACUAAAUUUAGCUUAUGGGCCCAACACUAAAUGUGAAGUAGAUCAGGACAAAGUACUUUACACAUUUGGGCACAAAGAGUCAUGUAGCGUGCUGAAUCUGUAACGAUUCCAACAACAUUGUCGUACUUCACAUUGUAGUCAGUUAGUACAUCCAAAAUAGCCCUGGAACACUCUGCAGCAUUUGCAUUUUGGAGAACUUUAACACCUGCAACAAACAUCUUUUGUUCUUGAUUGGGACAUAAAGUUCUCAAUAGCACAACAAAAACACAGCACCCAUUCCUGUCUGUCGUUUCGUCGCACAAUACAGUUACAAGCUGAUCCUUGACCAUUUGGCAGACAAACUCCUUCCGUUCCUGACAAAUCUGUGUUACAUAUUUUGAUCUUGCUGUGUCUGCAGAAGGUAGGUCCCCAACUCCUUCAAAACACAAAAAUUCAUCCUUUUUUUAACAGUACUGCUUUAAUUUAAUCAAAAUUUAGACUAUGUUUAACCUCAAAAAAUUAAAAUAAAAUGCAUCAUGUUACUUUUCGAUACCUAAGUUACUUUACAUGUAUAUGGUUAAUAAAAUAACCUGACAAUCUGAUAAUUAAAUAACCUGACAUCACAUUAUCCAGAAAUGUGAAAACCUACUACUUGCACAAAUAUGAGUAUUUAUACACAAAGAUACUAUCCCUUUGUUUAUGAUCUUACAAAAAAUACCUACCUUGAAUGUACUUGCUGAGCCAUUGCUUGAGGUUAGGAUCUUCUAAUUUUUCUAAUGGAAUAUUGCUUUCGUGAAUGCUGAAACUGUGUCACAAAUAAACUCUUCUUUCUCCGUUUUCAUAGUCUUUGCUUUGUGAAGAGAAUCUUGCACUGAAAUUUGUUGCUUUGGUCCACUACUGCAGCCAGCAGUAGCUUUUUCUUGGUUUUCUUUGUGCUUGCUACUAUCUUUCACAUGCUUCAUGCAUGUGUCUCGUCGUUCCCAAUCUAUUCGAAUGUUGCAAAAUUUGCACAUCAUUAUUUUUUUUCUUUGCAUCAAAUACAUAAAAUCAGUCAGUUGCAAAUUCCUGCUGACGGUUGUGAAUUUAUACAAUUUUGGGCAUGAUUUAAACGCUUGUAACGCGUUUAGAUAUGGCGAAUUUGCAAUUGUAUAACUGUUGUUUAAAUUACAUGCUUCAUUCGAGGGCAAAAUACUAGAUAAAUUACUGUUUCAGAUAAAUGUAUGAACAUACAAAUUCAAGAGUAACACUUAAAUCCACUUUUUAAUUUAAAAAAAUAUAUAUAAAAUAAGCAACAUCAAAACAAACAAACCCGUGGAGUUUCUGUUUCUACGAACGUCUCAGAGAAGACGAGAUAAAGUGUGUAAGUUUUGUUCACAAUACAUCAAGGACGUCAUUUUGUGUGGAAGGACGCCAUGUUGGUAAAAUUAAUGUUCUUUUUGUAAAUUACCGUAAUUCGGUAUUGACUUCAGAUAUAUUGUGAAUUUCUAGAAAAUUAAGACUUUUUUCAGUAUAAAUGGGUUUUGAAAGAAAAAAGUAAAGAUUCACAGCGAAAAAUUAUAAAAUUCAACAUGGCGUCGCUAUGAUAAAAUGUUUAUGUACUUUCUUGUCUAUGGCUUGCAAUGGCCGUUAGGAAAACCAUUGGCCAAUGAAUGGAAACAAAACAGUUGUGUUAUUGUUAGGUUAAAAGUUAAAACCCUUUCAUUCCCAAACAGUUGAAGUCAAGAAAAAAAAUUAUCUGAGUCUGAUAUAUAGUUACAAAUACUCUAAAAAAUGAUAUGAGAAUGAAAAUAAAAAUAAUUAGGAUAAUUAUCAUUAAUUUUAAUGAUGUUGCCAAAUGGCAACAUUGGGCAGCAAAUUAGUUCAAAAUUUGAUUUUCAUAAUUUCACGAGAUGAAUCUACAAAACAGUUGGGAGAACCCAUGUAAAAUAACUUUACACAUAACACUAGAAACACAAAAUUACAAUUCACAAAAAAAAUCAACACAAAAUUUAAUUAUGUUGCUGAAUGGCAACAUUGAGCAGCAAAUCAGUUCAAAGAUUGAUUUUGAGCUCCUCAAAAAAAUAACUUGUUGAGUUCAUAAAACAUACUCCAGCUGUUCAAAACACACAGGAAAUGCAUGCAACAUAACACAACUUUACAUAAUACACUAAGAAAAAAAUGACAAUGUUUCAAUUGGUAGUUUUGGUUUAGCCAAGAAAAAAAUUGCCCUAGCCUUACACAAUAAUCACAAAACAUAAUGUAUAAAACAUAUUCUCCAUAACAGAAAGCAAUCAUUUAGCCCUACAACACAUAGUACAAAAAUAAAAUGCAAAUUAUAACAAUAGGCCUACAGGAAGUAUGCAACACACAAUGAAUUCACUUUUUUUGGUAGACGUUUACAAAACAAUUAUUUGACCCCAUCAAACACAAGUGAACAUUGCACUUUGAACAGGUAAUUCUGCUAUAGCCCUUGGGGCAUAGCUUACAGCGGCCCUUCUUACUUUGCACUGGCCAGUGACCAAUGGAAUCGUACCGAACAUCACUGAUAGGCGCCACUGGCCGGUGCACUACUUUCUUCUUUGAAGAAGACGGGGAUGGUGAAUCGAAGGAUGGCCUCCCACGUUUUCUCUUGACAUCUACGGAAACAGACGUCAACCCAAAAGCAAUUUGUGCCUGAAACUCUAGAAGUGAGAGAUGCUUGCCUGAAAUUUUAAGCUGCUUGUGAUGCCUACGGUACAUGAGCCACGUGUUCACUACAGACACAUUGAUGGGCCAAUGGAAAAUACGCAUGUACCCUCAUUUGGACUUCAAUGUGAUGCGGUACAAUUCGAUCAGCAUAUCUGCCAGAUCCACCCCACCCAUGAACAUGUUGUACUUGUCUAUGAUGUCAAGACGAGAAACUUGUACUCACUUCUUUUCUUUUGCUGACCACCGCUGACAAGUACCAACAGGAUCGACAGCACAAUAUGUUGAGACAAAAUUUAUCGCUAUGUUAUCGAUCCACUUGACGACCACCACACCACUAUUGGCAUCUACAGCGAACUGUUUGACCCCCUUCCAUUCUUCUUGAGGUCUUUGUCAGGUUUCAAAGGGCAGUCUGGGAUCCUAUUCUCCCUUAUUGUGCCAACACACCAAAUGCCUCUCUUUCAACUGUGUAGCAAGGUGAACAGAACUAAACCAGUUAUCAAAAAAUUUUUUAUAAUUUUUGUUGUUGGGUAUUGUGGAAGCAAGUUGAAACACGUUUCCGGAAAUCCCAAUCCCAAAAUCGGUACACGUGCUGUCGCCUUCAUAAAUAUGAAAUGCGUGCAUAAUACCUGAGGCACCACAUCGCGUAAACACUUUGUAGCCCCACUUCUGAGGCUUGUUUUUCAAGUAUUGCUGCAAGCUAGAACGCCCUUUGAACGGGAUGAUUUGCUCAUCUACGCUCUGCAUUUCUUCGGGCGGGAGACUUUGCAAAACAUUUCCCAUGUGAGAGAGUAUGGGACGCACUUUGAACAAUUGAUCCCUCUUGGUGUCUUUCACGUCAAGCUCAUCAUUGUCCGCCAAGUUUAUGUACCUUCGGAUGGACAGAUUGCGGCUCAUAAUGUCAGCUACUGGAGGAUAUAGACUCUCGCUCUGCCUAAACAUUCGGUAUUGGGGCAUACCAACAAUUCCCAUGUGUAAUAAUAUACCUAAAUAUUGUUUUAUUUUGCAUGAGCUGAAAUUUGGUGUGACAUGAUCCUUUUCAAAGGCGUAUUUAUUACUCUGAUAGGUAAUAUUAUCAACAAUGUCAUCACUAUAAAACUUAUUGAAAUACUGUAGCGGUGACUGUAUUUCUGGCGGAGGGUCUGGAAUGGAAUCGAGCCGCUUUUUCUCAUCGCACAACAGUUCCUCUGGAAAACACCAGUCCACAAAUGCUUUCGCUUUCUUUGAUGGUUUCUGCUGACUUGCAGUGUUUUCAACAGUUUGUGCAGACAAUGUCUGUGUCUUGGUACCUGAAGAUCCUGCAGCAGUCAGAAUUCUCUCGGUGGGUGCUGUUGAAGGCCCUGCUUCACUGAAGUCAAUUGUUUCGGCAACUGCUGUGCACAGUCUUAUUUCACUUGAAAGUACUUCGACCUCUUCAACAUCUUCAAAGAACACCAUGUGUUCAAAUGCAUCUGGUUCCUUUCGGGGAAACCGCCCAAUCGGAACUGAACUUUCCUCGUCAGACUCGCUGUCGCAAUCAACAUCAGAGUUUGUAAAAUCAGGCACACGUAAUUGUAAUAACAAAUCAUCAUCAGCGAACGUACCCAUUGCAAAUAAAUUAUAGAACUCUAAAAAACUUAAUGUAAACAAUCAUUCUCAAGUAGGGGCCUAUGUACUCAAAUUCAUACACACAUCUGCCCGUUGUUGCCAUUUGGCAACAUAGGUUUUCCACAAAUAAUCUUUACGAAAAUAAUAAUAUUUACUCUGCAGACCAAGUUUAUAAUAGUGCUCCUGCAUAUAAAGAAUCAACUUGCCGAGAUAACAAGUGUCAAUUAGCAAAAUAACUUAUAAAAAAUAAAUUUUCCCCGAACACUGUUUUCUCAAAACAAUAACAAUGCAGCAGCCGCCAAAUAAGUAAUUUAAUUUACCAUCACACAACAGUGCUGCCAAUACUUAGAUAGCUGAUUCCAUCACAUAGAAUACGUAGCCAGAUGUCUGCCCAAAGAAAAAAAAACAAAAACAAAUAUAUUUGGUUAAAUAUUUUAUCUAUGGUACGAAAGUUACUGUUGCCAUAUGGCAACAGUGGGAAUGAAACCCGUUUCUUGAACCCGAGGGCGUUAAAAUAUGAAGUUAUUUAUAUUAUCAAAUUAUAAAGUGAUAAAAUGAUUUGCCUGUAAAAUAUUUUAGUGUAGUGUGGAGUUUUAUCUUUGACUUGUAAACAUAUUGUUGCGCAAAUCUUAAAAAUAGUGAUUUUAAAUUGACUAUUUUGUGCGAAAUUUAGUGAAAUAGAGGAAUUUAGCCCCAUUUCAUGCAAAACGAGAAAAAUGGCAAAUUUCGUGAAAUUUCGCGGAAUUUCGCGACGCAUAAACGGUUUGUAACACCAUAAAAAUAACAUAAAUUGUUGGUAUGUAGACCCUAUAUGCUUGUAUAAAAAUUUCGUGAAUAAACCAUUCGCGAAAUAAAAGGGUCCCUAACUAACAUUUUAACAUAGAAAUGAAGAUAAAGGUGUAAUGCAAUUUAAUUACCUUUUGUGCUUAAAGAAUAUGUACUGAAAGUUUCAGACUAAAAAAGUAUUUUAAAAACACCUGUUUUUGGCAAUUUUCUCUGUCAAAAAAAAAAUACAAUUACUUUCUAAGUUGUGACCAAUGAAUUUGUGAAAUUUCUCUCUUUCUAAUUAUUACCCAUGGUAUGAUCCGUGAGACUCAUCUCCACACUUAACCAAUGAGAACAUGGUAACUUUUUCUCAUAUUUACUAUUUAUUACUUAAUUAAGGGAAAUUACUGUAAAUUAAAUUCUAUACCUUAAAUUGCGUGGAUUAUUCUGAAGCUCUGCCCACCAUUAGUAUGCUGAGAUAGGCAGGACCCUUAAAGCUGUGGCUGGCAGAUGCCCUUUUUCAAUAAAGGUCCAUUACAUACUAUACGUAUGUAACAGUUUCAUAAAAAAAAAAGAGAAAUUUUCUUUAAUUUUAGUGAGAUAUAUUGUAGCAGUCACAAAAACUUCUUGAAAAAAAAAAUACAGGAUGUAUAAUAGAAUAAAAUAUAACUAUGGUAUUAAUUUUUAAAAUAAUCAUAAAUAGAGAUAAGCAAAAUGACAUUCCCAAAGUGGCUCAGCAUUUUUGAAACAACAUAGCUUACUGUGAUGACACACAACACACUGGUGAGUGAUUACAUAACCAACUACUGAUUAUGUUAUUAGGCUGCACAAAGAAAAUGUACCUGUGUGAUUUAUGAAUUAGUUUUGAAUUUUCGAAAAAAGAGCUUGUAUGUUAUCAAACACGUAUCGAACGAAAACCACAGAUCAUGUUUCUGUUUCGGCAUUAUUUAUCAUUUUGAAAGGUAUCAAACAUACGUGCGGAUAGUGUAUGAACUCACUGUUGCUGGAGAUUAUGUAUGUACUCUAAAUAAAUACCCAUAAAAAUAAAUUUGUUGGAAGUACAUGUUUAAAAAUUCAAUGUGUUUCAUUUGGCUGUUUAUUUGGGGCCUUGGCAAAAUCAUAACACUUUGUGAAUUUAGUGGAAAAUAUACUUGUGUUAGGAUCCUGGGUAUUUUGAACAGGAACUUGGGCCAAUAGCCAAUAGUUCACAAUAUACCUUAGAUUGAGAUUAUCCUGCUUCUAAAAACCUUUGUUAAAACUAGGAAUCAGAAUGACUUGUAAUCAAGAAUUGAAAUUAAGGAAUUGGCUCAGAAUCCAAAUAUAAAAAUUUGUACUCUAGCCAUCCCUAUAAAAAAAAACACACAGUUAAAUCUCAUCAUAAAACCAGAAAAGCAACUUACUAGAAUGAAAAAUAGGUAUAAUGAUGGAUGAAAAAAAGUUUCCUACACUAUUUACGAGAAUCACUGAUUUUUGUUGCGGCUGUAGCAGGCUGAGCGAGAUUAUUUGUGAGGGGAUACACAGUUCAAGCAAUGUGCAGGUUGAAUAUGAGACCGUACACUUGCCCGAUGCUAAGGUCGCAGUACCCUUUUUUUUAUCCUUGGAUUGCAUUGUGCAUUUCAAUGCAUGAUAUCUGCUAUUGGUGCUGUCCUGGUUUCAUUGUGCUGUGUUGCCAGAUAUAUGGAAAUAGCUCCAAGUUAGACACAUUUAUAAUUUAUUGAAAAAAUUGUUAAAAUGUACUUUUUGAAAAAUAUAUAUAUACCCAUAUAUAUUUUUUAAGAGGAAAGUUUGGAAUGAAAAAAUUGCACAUAUAUUAUCUUUUUGUAUUUUAUCAAGAGCAUCAUCUGAUAAUAUUCAACUUUAUCCUCUAUGAAAAUUUAUCAGCAAGAAGCCACAUUGAUUUCAAUAGUUUUUGUCAUCAAAUUAUUUUUAUAUCUUUUACUAUUAAAAAUUUAGGCUCUUUUUGACCAUAGGAAAUAAUUAAUGGAAUGCCUUGUUAUUUAUAGUGACUCACUGCUGCAAAUUCUUUCUCUUGUAAAAUAAUAAUUGGUGUUUAGAAUUAAUAUUUUAUUUCUUUCAUUGUAUAUCCAUACAACUGUAAUUUAACUAUCGAAAGCACUAUUUUAUGGUCUAUGGUCUUAGCAAAAUUAAAAAAAAAAAAAACUAAAAUUAAAAAUUUACUAAAACUUAUUAUUAUAAUUAUUUGUACUAUACAAAAUAAGAAUUUGAAUGUUAACAAGCAGGGAGGGUAGUAUCAAUCAGUCAACAAUGGGUGCCAUCUGCUCUGUACUGCAAUCUAAGCGUGAGACAGACUAUAUAUGAUCUCUGGUUCGUCCACAACAUAGUGAAGGGUCAUAACAGUGUGCAAGAUGUGUAUCAACACUAAAAUUUAGUGUCAACAUUGUGCAACAACACAAUACUGCAGUGGCCAUGUCUAUUAUCAGUAAAUAAUGAUAACAAUAAAUGUGCAUUAAUUUCUUUGUCAAAGAUUUGUCAGAAUGCAGCACUGUUAUCACUGGUUAAAGACCUCAUGGUAAGACUUAUUAAGCAGAAAUAUAUUUUUCCUUUAAAUUUAAAGUACUGUCAACACCUUUUCAUAUAAAUGAAUAUAAAGUCAUACAGUAUCAAUCAGCUAGCUAAAGAGCAAUGUAUUCAAUUUUUUUUAAAUUUUAAAAUGUUUUAUAAUCUUUAAGUAGGUACCCUUGAAAUUUAGUUUAUUUAAAAUUUUUAAAUCCAACAUUUUCAACAGUCGUUACACAAGCCAAAGGGAAAGGAAAAUGGUGAUUGUAUUUUUCCUUUGUUAAGGAUAUUGAAAUAGUUUUUAAUUAUCAUCGCUAAUUAUUUUUCUGAACUUAAUAAUUUUAAUUUGUUGCUCACUUGGCACAAUAUUUGGCAAAUAAGUAAUUUCUUUAGUAAAACUAUCAAUUACAUCAUUUAUAAUUUUAUUAAUACUUUUUAGUAUUUUAGAUUAGGGUAAAUGAGCAUGUGAAAUUUUAUAGCAUAUUCAUUUUGUGUUUAAUCCACACCCAUUUGGACAACACACAAACACACAUGAGUAAUUCACAAACUCAUUACAUCUUAACUGUUCUUGACAUCUUAACUAUUCCAUGACGAUAUUGAUAAGCAAACAUUCAUCAGCAUUUCCACUCAUCCUGUAUUUCACAGCGAGUGGUCUACCCAACUGUAAGUUCUCGUUAGUAAUAGAACACUAGCAUAAACCAUGUAAUUUUUUCGACCAAUCAAAAACAUGUAACAAUCAUACAACUUUGUCAUGUGAGAACUUUAUUCGUCAAAUAAAAAAUUCUUGUUUUGACUAGAUAGUGCAAGAUAUAUUUUUUUUUGUAUAUUACGUUUGCAUGAUUUCCAUAAAUUAAGCUACGUGUUAAACAUCAAAGCACACAUUUUGAAGAGGAGAAAAUAGUUGUUUUUGCAUUAAAUUUCAAAAUUCUUGCACUUUUAUAGAUUUUAUUACAUAAAUAUAAAUUUUUCUUAUGAUUACAUUUUAUCAACUACAGCAGAAUUAAUUUCUCAUUGGCUAAAGCCACCUAAAUAAACAAAGGAGUGUGGCCAGGCCGCUGAGGUUGUUUUGUCAUAUGCAAGUGCUUAUCACUAUAACUAAUCAUGUGUAAACAUUUUUAUCAAUUGUAGCCCAGCCUAUAGUGUUUUGCAAGUGUGCUUGUCUUAUUUUUCUUAUUUCGUGCAUCUUUGUUUCUAUUACUUCUGGGGUUAUACUACUCUUUUUUUUUUUUAACUUUCUGUGGCAGUCCAGAACUCAUACAAUCUGUGCUAUACGUACAGCUGUUUCAUGUUUUUGUCAUUCAUUGUAAUUUUUGUGUAUGUAGGUAGUACAGAUAAUGAUAGUAUGUAAGACAAUACUGUGUGUGUGUGUGUGUGUGUCACGUUGGUGACAGUGGUUAGUUAAUGUAGCUUAAAAUAUGUAGACUUUAGAAACUGAAGGUUCUUUGCAUUGCAGCCAUUAGAUUAAAUAUUAAUUUAAAAUAUAAAAUGCUCAUACUGGUAAAAUAGUGAUGUGAAAUUUUUACUAUGUACUUAUUUUGUAUCUUAUGUCUGUGUGUAUUGUGAAAGUGUUUUAAUACAUUAAUAUGUUUAUACAUACAAGGAUGGUUAUGCAAAUGAUGACAAGGAAAACUGAGUUGUUACAUACAAAGUUGAAGUGAGCUUCCAAACAUCUCCACAGACUCAAUAUAAUGUCCUUUUAUUAAUAAUUAAGAAUAAAGCCUUUCGGUAUUUUUAAAAACUUUUUUUAUAUAGAUAUAUGUGUCGUAUGAUAUGUUAGUUGUUGAAUGGUUCUAAAUCUGGAUUUGAUUGUUGUGAAGUAAAAUAUUUUCUGUAUGAAUUGUAAAUAGAUAUACAAAAAAUGUUAUAAAUGUUGGUCAUUGUUUCAGAUUGGCUCUAUAGUUUUCUUGUAUAUACAUGUAUCAUUUUUGUUACGAUUAGUGGUUCUUUUUUAAUGUGUAUGUACCAUUUGUCUGGUCUCUUAUAAUUUGUAUAAACAUAUAAAACAUAUGGAUAGUACAGAUACAACAACACAUAUUGCUAUUUUUGUGUGUUUUACUUAUUUGUAUUAAAAAAUUCAUUCUGGAAAACAAAGAUAGGCUAUAAAAAAAUUAUUUAUCAAGAUACCUAAUAAAAAAAUGUUUUUUACGUUAAAGCAAAUUUUUUGGUAUGAACACAUGUUUCAAAGUGAUGAUGUGCUUUGGAGAUAAGUCUGUAUGUGUUGUUGCAGACACACCAUCCAUAUGGUUAUUUCCAUAAUAUGGGUCUUCAAAAAGUUUAACUAUAAAAUAAUAAAAUAAGUUUGUCACAACAAGAUUUAAUUAAAAAUUUGUUUUCAAUAUUUAUAAUGGAAAGUGUUCAAUUUCUUAACUAAGACAAAUAUUUCCAUCUCGCUGCUAUAAAAUUUUAUUUACCGAGUCAAAUGUGGUUGAAUGUGGUAUUUAAAAGGUUCAUGUCAAUAGAAAAAAUAAAGAAUGUACUGUGCAUAAUAAAUACAAAUUUUAAUAUG